AUGCCUAAAAUCUUCCAAAUACAAGAGAAUCCUGAGGAUGAGGAACCACCGAGAGAGCUUGAGCAGAUGGUUCAGAAACAGAUCUUAACGGAAGAGGCCAAUGAAAUUCCAAUCGUCAUAGUACACGAGGUAGAAUGUCAGACCGAUACCAUGGAAAUGUCCGACAAAAUGGAGCAGACCAUGGAAAAAGUAUUGGAGCAUGACUCUUGUCAGACUGAAGAACUGAAGAGCGAAAGCCAAGAAGUGGAAGUGCAGACCGAACAAGCAGAAAUACACAACGCUGAAGCUCAAACCACAAUCAUCGAGAUGGUCGACGAGGAAGUGGUGACAGUGAUGUCCCAUUUACUAGACGCGCUUUGUCAGACGGAAUCCUUACCGACGAUGGAUCAGAUCUCGCAAACGGCUCAAGCUGAGCUGGUGGAUGUUGAGGUGGCCACAGAACUUGAGACGAAGAACGUUCGCAUUCAGACUCCAUGUCCUGUGAUCGGAGAGAAAACUAUUCAAACGGAAGAUCUAGAAGAGCGGAAAUCCCCUUCAAAAAUGUCAUCAGCACGGAAACGAAUACGCCGUGCAUUUGCUAAGAAGAAGACGACUGGCUCAUUACAUGGUGACAUGCCAACAAUGAGCGAUUGGAAGGUUAGC